CUUCUGAGGCUUAGUAUACCUACAGACGCCAUGGGCAGCAGGAGGGGAAUCGCAUACGCCGUCCUGGCCCUCAUCUUGAUCGCCUCCAUUCAGGGCUCGGAGUUUAGCCGGGACGAAAGUCAGGAGGACCAAAGGACGGAAUUCAACUUAGCCUCCACUUUGACGGGCGGCAUUACCAGCAGUCGCCACCGCCAGCGGGCCAAUCUCAAUUCGCCACUCUAUCCGGGUCUAACUCAGCUAGGAGGGGGUUAUGGUGCGGGAGCAGGAGCCACUGGAUCCAUUGAUGAUGCCCAUGGCCAUGAGCAGGGCGGCUCUGGCGUCCGAGUGGCCAGAGGUCACCAGUUUCCCGCAUACCCGCCUCCAGGAUUUCCAGCCCAACAGGCUCCAGUUCCGUAUCCAUCUGCAGGAGGGUCUUCUUCAGGUGGUUUUCAAAGUACAGGGAGCUGGUGGUGCUCCUGGUUAUCCUGCGCGGGUGCAGUUCCGGUUCAGUAUCCCACUGGAGUUCCUGGCUACUUUCCAGGAUCUGGCGCCUAUCCCGGCUAUCCUUAUCCAGGUUACUUGCAACAGUACCCAGGCUAUCCCCAACCAUCUCAGUUUCCGGCCUAUGGAGUGGUGCCUGGUGCAGUUGCCCAGCCAGGAGUUCCUGGGGUACAAGGAGUAGCUGGAGUUCCGGGCGUUCCUGGAGUACAAGGAGUUGCAGGAGUCCCCGGAGUAGGUGGUUCCGGUCCUGCCACUAGCAGCCAAAACUUCCAUCGCUAUCCGGAUCACAACGCCGCCGAUCGCAACCACUGGGAUCACCACUUCUCCAUGAACACCGAGUACAAGGAGGAUGGAGUCCACAAGGGGCCCUUUGGAGUGCUCAACAACCACAAUGCCUUCGGCUAUGGCAGUGGCUAUGGGGGUGGCUACAACGGCGCCUUCAACUCGCCGGCCUACUGAAGCUGGACGGGAUUACGCGUGGACCGAGUGGUGGUGGUGAGGCGUGAAGUAAUCCGAGUCGUAGUCAUAAGUUGGCGGCUCCCUCUUUGGCCAGGGACAGCUGUCUCCGCCUAUCCUUUGGGUGUUUGCCCUGUGAAAUAAACUUGAUUUCUGCACACCCAACCAAGAUAAUUAGCAAUGCUGGCCAGUUACCAGUUGCACCUGACCGGAAAAAAUAAAGCACAUGCAUUCGGCUCCCAUACAGACUGAUAACCUUACGCAUACA